GUGGUGGCGGCGGGUCACGUGGGUGCCGGACAAAUAGUGGAGUUCCCCAGCCUCUGGCACCGGCCUUGGAGGUGCAGAGCGAGGUGGGCUUGGCCGAACCUGUUGGGGUCGCAGUCAUGAAGCUGACGGUGACCUUGCUGGCCCUGGUGCUCCAAGUGUUCUCUCUGGAAAAUGGGCUGAUGCGGACGCCGCCCAUGGGCUGGCUGGCCUGGGAACGGUACCGCUGUAACAUCAACUGUAAGGAGGACCCUGACAAUUGCAUCAGCGAGCAACUGUUCAUGAACAUGGCUGACCGGCUGGUGGAGGACGGCUGGAGGGACCUGGGCUACACCUACAUCAACAUUGAUGACUGCUGGAUGAUGCCGGAACGGGAUGAGGACGGGAUCCUGGUGGCUGACCCCGAGAGAUUCCCCCAUGGCAUCAAGUACCUGGCAGACUAUGUUCACUCCCGGGGCCUGAAGCUGGGCAUCUAUGAAGACCUGGGUAACAAGACCUGCAUGGGUUACCCUGGCAGCACGCUGGACAAGGUGGUUCUGGACGCCCAGACCUUUGCCAGCUGGGAGGUGGACAUGCUGAAGCUGGACGGGUGUUACUCGAGCCCCGAGGACCGCGCUCAGGGGUACCCGAGCAUGUCGAAAGCCCUGAAUGCCACAGGCCGCCCCAUCGCCUACUCCUGCAGCUGGCCAGCCUACGACGGGGGUCUCCCUCCUGAGGUGAACUACACCCUCCUGAUGGACAUCUGCAACCUCUGGCGCAAUUAUGACGACAUCCAGGACUCGUGGCAAAGCGUCCUCACCAUCGUGGACUGGUUCACAAAGCACCAGGAAGUGCUGCAGCCCAUGGCGGGCCCCGGCCACUGGAACGACCCAGACAUGCUGCUCAUCGGGAACUAUGGGCUGAGCUUCGAGCAGGCCAAGUCACAGAUGGCUCUCUGGACCAUCUUCGCAGCCCCUCUCUUCAUGUCCACGGACCUUCGCACCAUGUCGGCCCAGAACAUGGACAUUCUGCAGAACAAACUCAUGAUUGAGAUUAACCAGGAUCCCUUGGGUGUCCAGGGACGCAGAAUCCUCAAGACCCAGGACGCCAUCGAGGUGUAUGUGCGCCCGCUGUCCAGGAAAGCCAGCGCCAUCGUCUUCUUCAGCCGCAGGACGGACAUGCCCUACCGCUAUCACACCACGCUCAGGUCCCUCAGCUUCACAGACUCACUGUUGUACGAGGCCCAGGACGUCUACACAGAAAACAUCAUCAGCGGCCUCACGGCAGACACCAACUUCACCGUGGUUAUCAACCCAUCAGGCGUUGUCAUGUGGUACCUGUACCCCAUCUCGGGCUUGGAGAACCCCCUGGCCAGUAAGACGUUCCUCCGGUUGUGA